AUGUUAAUGACACUCCGAAGUAACGGCAUCUUUCCUGAUCAGCAGAAUACCUCAUCGUUCAAUAACUACUCGACGAACUCGUCUCAGAUCGCCGAGACCGUUGUACAAUACACCGAGGAGCCUCCACUCCACAACGCCUCUCCAGGCCGGACCCGCGUCCAAUACUCGCCAUCGUCCACAGGAACAGGAACAUUUGCAGCAUCGCAGAGGUCCAAACAAGCGGCAAGGCGCAGAUCACCGCCGCAGAUGAAUGGAUUGUUGGGGAACGCGCCGCAGCCGUUGAUCUACGUGCGGGCGCUGUACGAUUAUGAGGCUGACGAUCGGACGAGCUUGAGUUUUCACGAGGGAGACGUGAUCCAGGUCAUUACCCAGUUAGAAAGCGGUUGGUGGGAUGGAGUCAUCAACGGCGUGCGAGGCUGGUUCCCGAGCAACUACUGCCAGAUCAUCAGUGCAGAUGAGGUAGAGAAUAAGCAGAAUGGAAUGAACGGAGAUCAAUCCGAGGAGGAUGCGGAAGACGAAGAUGAAUAUACCGAAGAAGAGGAAGAUCAAUAUGACGAGGAUGAAGCAGAUUCCGAACGAGAUGACAUGACACAACUUCCAAUGGAGGGUACGGAUAACAGCGAACGGACGAGAGCAGAUUUCUGGAUACCACAAGCAACGCCGGAUGGCAGACUCUUCUAUUUCAAUACGGACACGGGCGAGAGUAGAUCAGAAAUGCCACUAGAAUCACCAUCGUCUGCCACGGAAAACGGACCACGCGAUAGGAUGAAUGUCAACAUUCCAGAGAAGACUCGACCCCCACCAGAAAUGAUGGCUCGAGGCUACAUGCAGGAUGAAGAAGACGACGAAUCCGAAGGCAACUCAGCUUCUGAGCUCGAAGGGGAGUCACUAAUGCUUGCUUCUCGCAACUCAUAUCCUCGAAAACGACGAUCACAGGUUUCGGACGGCGUUUCUCCUGCAACUUCAAUGGAUUCGAUGAAUGGCAUGUCUCCUAUCACACGAUCAAGAGCAGACCAAUUCACCAACCCGACUUUGUCCAUGGUUCCGGCCAUGACAAUGAUGGGACCAUCUACGACCUCUUUUACGAACCCCUCACUUGGUCCACCACAUGCUGCGACCUUGCCUCGGUCUUUCUUCGAUGAUGGAACUUCUGCGCCUUUGACUUGGAACAGAUUGGUAGCCAAUAUGAAGAAGGCGGUAGACAGAUACAGAGAGGCUAUCAAUAAUCGUGAUCGCUCAGAAUAUGUGCGCAGGGCUGAGGAUAUAUCGGAUCAUUUAAGGCUACUUCUUGCGGCAGGAUCAGGAACAACCGAUAACCACUCGGGACAACCAUCAAUAAUAUCCUCGAAUAAGGCGUUGUACCCGCAUUUUCGGGAUAUGAUGUCAAAAUUCUCUAAGCUGGUCAUUUCUUCACACAUUGCAGCAGCAGAUUGGCCGAAUGCAGAAUCGUUUCAGAAAUGUUUACAAGAGGCAGAUGGCGUCUUGCAAGGAGUCUUCAGCUAUGUCGAAGUUGCAAGACAACAGCGAGGUGAAGAUAUUCCACGUCUCUUGCCUGGCUUUGUGAUUGGAAGCACUUCGGGAGGAAGUUGGCAAAACAAUGGUCUUGGUUCUCGAGAUCCUUUGACGUCGAACUUCCUAGAUGAGGACGAAGCACUUGUCGAGCCAUCAGCCAUCCUAGACGCCAACUUGAUGGAGCGACUUGAUGAUCUCAAACGGAUGUUGAUUUCCAGCAUAAGAAAACUGGAAGAGCAUUUGGUUGUCACUGAGAAGAUCAUCACACCUUAUAGACACGAAAUAAUAGGUAACAAUGUCUGUACAGCAGCCAAAAAGGUGCUGGAGAUGUUUAAGCCUUGGGUCUCUACUGUCGAAUCGAUAAACCUAUCAUCUCUUGGAAACAGCUUCCAGAAUCCGCAAUUGGUCGAUUUUGCAGCGUACAAGCAAAGCUUGUAUGACAAUAUUUCGGACCUAAUUCUUGGCUGCCAGACUGUGGCAGGUCCCCUAGGAGAUGAAUGGGCAGAAGUGAGAGGUGAAUCUCUGGAUGGACGUCUGAAUUAUGUUCGACAAUGUGCGAAACAGCUGGAGACAAAUGCUUCGCAUAUUGGCUUCUCACUGCAACUUCUCGGCGAACAAGUACAGAUGGCUACUCAACAAGAGACUCAAUCUCCACCUCCUCGAGAUGAUGCUAGGCCAAGGAGAGCUGACAGCACACCUUAUGAGCGCUCCCAUGCACGAACAGAUUCUCGCCUCAAUACAGUCUUGAGACCAGGUCUAGCAGGGAUCGCCCAAUCACAGUCAUACUCCGAAGGCGAUCCAGCUGCAAAUUACCGUAAGGGUGAGAACUCCAAAGUCAGGAAGUUCUUUGGAGAAGAACCAACUCGCAGAGAUCAAGUUAGAGACGCACAGCCACAGGAUGAGACGCCUGAUUGCUUGAAACUGGAUCACGAAGACGAUAUUUCGUAUGACUUCAAAGUUCAACCUCCUCAGUUGAAGGGUGGAACGUUGGUUGCACUCGUGGAGCAAUUGACCCGACAUGAUAAGCUGGAGUCGAGCUUCAACAAUACUUUCCUCCUAACAUACAGAUCUUUCACCACAGCACGAGAAUUGUUCGAGUUACUGGUUGUAAGAUUCCAAAUUCAACCUCCUGAGGGCAUGGCACAAUCAGACUACGAGAUCUGGAGGGAUCGCAAGCAAAAGCCGAUUCGAUUCAGAGUUGUGAACAUUCUCAAGAGUUGGUUCGACAAUUUCUGGAUGGAAGACCAAAGCGAUGAGACGAAAGCUCUCAUCCGAGAUGUCUACACAUUCGCUAGAGAUACCGUCAAGACAACAGAGACUCCCGGUUCAGGACCUCUGAUGACCGUGCUCGAGCAGCGACUACGUGGCCAGGACACCACUGCCAAGAGACUGGUAUUGACUCUGAAUCAAUCAACACCGCAACCAAUCAUGCCCAAGAACAUGAAGAAACUCAAAUUCCUUGAUAUUGAUGUUACCGAGUUCGCACGACAGUUGACGAUCGUUGAGUCUAAGCUUUACGGCAAGAUUAAGCCUACAGAAUGUCUGAACAAGACUUGGCAAAAGAAGGUUGGAGAAGGCGAUCCAGAGCCAGCUCCGAAUGUCAAGGCCCUGAUCCUUCAUUCCAACCAGUUGACCAACUGGGUAGCCGAGAUGAUCUUGACUCAAUUGGAUGUCAAGAAGCGUGUGGUUGUGAUCAAGCACUUUGUUCUAGUUGCUGAUAAAUGUCGACAACUUAAUAACUACUCGACACUUACCUCGAUCAUUUCUGCUCUCGGGACAGCUCCAAUCCAUCGUCUGAAACGGACUUGGGACCAAGUACCAGCGAAGACGACAGCUGUUUUAGAGUCUAUGCGCAGACUUAUGGGAAGCACCAAGAACUUUGGCGAGUACAGAGAAAGUCUGCAUCUCGCUAACCCGCCAUGUAUUCCCUUCUUCGGUGUUUACCUCACUGAUCUAACCUUCAUUGAGGAUGGUAUUCCAUCAAUCAUCAAGAAGUCUGCUCUAAUCAACUUCGCCAAACGUGCUAAAACGGCAGAAGUUAUUCGUGAUAUCCAACAGUACCAAAAUGUGCCUUACCCCUUGCAGCCAGUCCCAGAGCUGCAGGAGUAUAUAUUGAGCAACAUGCAAGCAGCCGGGGAUGUACACGAGAUGUAUGAGAAGAGUUUGGCGGUAGAGCCACGUGAGAGAGAAGAUGAAAAGAUUGUGAGGUAUGUUAGACUACUUGACCUUCCCACCACUGGAGCCUACUCUGUAGUAUGA